AUGGCACAACAAAAGGGAAAGAACGCCACAAAGGCAGAAAAACUUAACUUUUUGGGGAAUAAAUCACAAAACGAGCAGAUGGAGAUUCGGGCCUUCUCUCAAGAUGGCGGAGCCAGCUCUGACAGCACAGAGUGCCCCACUCCAACUGAGAUAGAUCCAGACCCUGACAAGCUCACAAAAAGUCACCUACAGCAGGCAUUGGAUGCACUGUCACAGAAGCUGAUUACAACUUGGCAGCAUUCAAUGGCUUCAUUAAGGAAAGAUGUUCAAGAACUGGGUAAAAGGACAACACAUGUUGAAUCUAAAAUGGAGGACUUUGCCUCAGCACAUAAUGAUGUGGCCACACAUGUGGAACAGAUCGAACAAAAGCUUACCGCUACUGAGCUGAAACUAACUGACCUGGAGGAUAGGGCGCGCAGAAAUAAUCUGCGCCUCAGAUGGAUACCAGACUUAAUACCAGAAAACCUACAAACCUAUGUUAGAGGUCUCCUUCAUGCAUAUGUCCCAGAGAUACCAGCGGAUAUGUUACUCAUAGAUAGAGUGCAUUGGCUUCCAAGGCCAAGAUUCUUGCCUGAAACAGCUCCGCGAGAUGUCUUGAUGCGCAUUCAUUACCAUCAUAUAAAAGAGCAAAUAUUGCGAGUGAGCCGCAACAAAGUGAAACCGCCGGCAGACUUCCCAGAGAUUAAAAUAUUCGCAGAUCUUUCAGCCUCCACCUUACGCAGGAGGAAAGACUUCUCACAAAUAGCCAACACACUGCAGUCCAACGGCAUCAGAUUCCGCUGGGGUUUCCCAACAAAAAUGCUGUUAACAAAAGACGGAUCCACACAAGUUAUCACAUCACCAGAGGACGGGAUAAGAAAAUUGCGCCUCUGGGCACUCACAGGAAAAGAACUGGAACCGCAGGCUUCACCAACUAGUCAUUUGCAGCUUGAAUGGAGCAAAGCUACCCCACGUUACAAAAAUGUAAUGUUUUCCCCACCUCGAAAAAAGGCACCAUAA